AUCUCUCUCCCCAACUUGCCUAUCUUCUCUUCUCUCUCCUAUCGCUCUUUCAGGCUCCUCCCCUAUCUGCUCUUCCAAAACCACAAAAAAAAAAAAAAAAUCUGCCCUAAAGAAACCACCUUUCCCACUUGGUACUCUGCCUGUCGUUUUGUUUUCUUGCUGGAGCCGGAACCACUGCUCUGUCUGUCGCAAAUCCGUCGCAACCUCUCGGUCUCGAUCCCGACGCAAGACCCCAUCUCGGGCCCCCUCGUCGUCGUUUCCGACCGCCGAAUCCGAAGCCUUCGGAUAGAUACGGCUCGAGCCCGUAUCGCCUCCCGCUGUUUUCCCUUCUCCCUCGGUCGCCAGAUGGUGAGAUGCGGAUAAAAGAGGCCUUCGUGGCUCUUAUCUAAGACCUCUACCCGCCAUUCCUCCGGGAAAUCACGAUUUUUUUUGGAUAGAAAUAGGCGGAAAGAUCCCCGGAACGAGCGAAAGGUGGAGAUCUUGGAACGAGAGGAACCAACAAGAUCGGAUUUUGGUGCGCCUCUCUUUUUAGUAUCCAUCACUUCUAAGUGUUUGAGGUUAAAUGAUGGAUGGAGAUAUGGAUAAUGGCAAGUCUCUUGCUGAGGUACCUGGGAGAGAACAUAAUCUAGGGUUUCAUUUUUGGAUGAUAAUAAUAUUGAUCCAUCUGAACAGAUUCAGUCCAAUCGGAAGAUUGAGGUUUUGUUUUGGCAUUUGUUGAAUGGUAUCAUUAGCCUCAUGGAGGGUGAGUCAUCUUGGGAGCCUCAUCCUAUUAGCCACUUUGGAAGUGAGGUUGCUGAACUCGAACCAGUCUCUGGCAGCAACAACGGAGGCGAAGCAUUCGUGGUUUGCUUGGAUAGCAUUCUUCCAGAUGAUAUCUUAGAAAGAAUCCUAUCCUUCUUACCCAUUGCAAGCAUCAUCAGGGCUGCAUCGGUGUGCAAAAGAUGGUAUGAUAUCAUCCACUCAAGGAGGUUUCUAUGGGCCAACAAGUUGCCUCAGAAGCCAUGGUACUACAUGUUUACCUAUAGCGAGGCGCCUGCUGGUUAUGCUUAUGACCCAAUACUUCGGAAGUGGUAUAGCUUCAAUCUUCCUUGCAUUGAGAAAAGUAACUGGUUUAUCUCUUCAUCCUGCGGAUUAGUUUGUUCCAUGGACAAUGACAGCAGGAGUCGUAUUUUUGUUUGCAACCCAAUUACAACAGACUGGAAGAUGCUAUUGGAACCUCCUGGUGUAAAAUUCCCCGACUAUAGUACCCUUGCCAUAUCCGUGGACAGGAAGUCUCAUGAUUACACUAUUGUCGUGGCAAAAUCUAAGCAGGUGCCUGGUGAUUUCCUCCAGUGGGAAUUCUCCAUCCACAUAUAUGAGUCAGGGAAUAGAUCAUGGGUUACAUCCAUUACGGAGGUUUUCACAGGAUGGAGGGGAGGUGACGAGAGUGUGAUUUGCAAUGGAGUUUUGUACUGCAUGAUUCACUCUACUGCUGUUUUAGGAACUGCUGAACGCCGCCAUGGCCUGAUCAUGUAUGAUCUCUCAGCUCGAUCUUCUCACACUUCUCUGAUGCGCACGUUAAUACCAGUGCCUUGCUCCCUCACCUGUGGCCGGAUGAUGAACCUCAAAGAGAGGCUGGUCAUGGUUGGUGGGAUUGCAAAGUAUGACAGGCCGGAUAUCAUCAGGGGAAUCGGCAUCUGGGAGCUUUACAAGGAAGGUUGGCGAGAGGUCACUCGAAUGCCUCACAGAUUUUUCCAAGGAUUCGGCGAGUUUGAUGAUGUUUUUGCAAGCAGCGGCACUGAGGAUCUGAUAUACAUACAGAGUUAUGGAGCCACCGCUUUGCUUGUUUUUGACAUGAGCCAGAAGCAGUGGAAAUGGUCGGUCAGGUGUCCUGUUACCAAAAGAUUUCCUCUUCAGCUUUUCACUGGUUUCUGCUUUGAACCGAGGCUUGAAGUGGCCUGUUGAAUUGUUUUCUUCUGCGGUGGAUUUGAUGGCAUCACAAGGAUUUAUAAAUAGUUUUUUCUGUUUUGGGGGUCAUUUUGAAAGUUUUUGUGGGGCUUGGAGCUUAUAGAAAUUGCUUUUGAUAUAGGGGAAAUCAUUUCUGAAAGUGCCGCUGGUGACCCUUGUCCUUUUCUUUUAUAUAUCUGUGGACAAAACAGUUUGAGAUGUCUGUUGGCACAGUUGAUCUAUAUAAUGGCAAGAGGGCUGACUUCCAUUUUACUGUGAUGA